CAAAAGACAAAGUAUAUAGAAGAAGAAACUUCUUGUCACGCCUCUCUUACCCUUCUCUUGUGGUCCAAUAAAACCCUAGUUUUCUUUUCUUUACUUUAUCCAUCCAUUAUGUGAGAUCCUAUAACUUUCUUUCUUUUGUAACCACCUCUCAUACAUUCUUCUAUAUAUUAAGAUAUUCACAAGAGUUUAUAAAAGAAAGAAAAGAGAUGGAGUGGUCAACGACGAGCAACGUAGAAAACGUGAGAGUUGCUUUUAUGCCACCGCCAUGGGCGCCGGAGUCUAGUUCUUUUAACUCACUCCACAGCUUCGGCUUCGAUCCGUACGCAGGAAAUUUAUACACGCCGCCUGCGGAUACACAAACCGGACCGGUUAUUGCUGUACCGGAACCAGAAAAGAUCAUGAAUGCGUACCGAUUUCCGAACAACAACAACGAGAUGAUGAUAAAGAAGAAGAGACUAACGAGUGGACAAUUAGCUUCACUUGAACGGAGUUUUCAAGAAGAGAUCAAACUGGAUUCAGACAGGAAGGUGAAGCUGUCGCGAGAGCUCGGUCUGCAGCCACGUCAGAUAGCGGUUUGGUUCCAGAACCGCCGUGCACGCUGGAAGGCGAAGCAGCUCGAGCAGUUGUACGACUCGCUUAGACAAGAGUACGACGUCGUUUCUAGAGAGAAGCAGAUGUUACAUGAGGAGGUGAAGAAGCUGAGAGCUAUACUAAGAGAGCAAGGUCUGAUCAAGAAGCCAAUCUCUACCGGGACCAUCAAAGUUUCCAGUGAGGAAGACACGGCGGAGCUUCCAUCGAUGGUGGUAGCUCAUCCAAGAACAGAGAAUCUGAACAGCAUAGGGCAUCAAAUCUAUGGUACAGAGCAGUACAACAAUCCAAUGAUGGCAGCUUCCUCUGGCUGGUCAUCUUACCCGUGAUAGGCUAUUGCUUAUCUUUGGGAGACAGGGGGAAGAGAAGG